UAUUGUUGUCAGCAACUGUUGCUGUGUUUUCAGAGUUAUUAACCUGCAACACAAUCAUGCCAUAUCAUUAUUUAUUUAGUUUUUACCUCUGAAACAUUCAAGGAAUAAUGUAAUGUUGAUGGAUUGGUUGCUAACGUGUCAUGCUUCUGGAACUAACCAGCUCUCUUCAAAUGAUGAAACCUCAAACUCUGGUUCUGUUGCGCACCAAUUAGUGUCUGAAGAUCUCCGGGCAAGCAAGCAACCAGUCCUUUCGAAAGAGAUCAGAAUGCAAGCAGUGAGAAAAGAAUCUCAGGUACCAAGAAGGCAUGAGAUCCCUGAGGUGCAAACACAUGUUAGCCAGGCAGGGGGCAGUGGACACAAAGCAAGACCUGAUGUAGUGAUAUCUACCUAUGCUCCUGGUGGAAAGGAGGCAGUUCGAGCAGCCAUGAAACAGAGAUCUCAGAGUGCCCCAGUGAAGCGGCAGGUGAAAGUGAAGCUGCUGGAUCAGAGUGCAGCACUGACCCCAGAGCUGCAGAUUGGUCAGCAGCCUCAGCCCCAGCUCCAGCCCAGCCAGGUCUGGCCGCCUGCCACAGAGGACCAGCACGCUGCAACCACGGCUGCAGCUGUUACUGCUGCUGCUAUCGCUGCCACUGCUCCCAUUAUGAAGGCUCAAAGUGACAUGGAGGCAAUGAUGGCGAGGUUGGCGUCCGAGCUGAGGCGACUGCAGGAGAUGGGCAGUGGUGGCGGCAGGGUGCAGGAAGGGGGCGCCAGCGAGCGCGUGGCCCAGCUGGAGCAGCAGCUAAGCGCCCUCACGCAGCAGAGGCUGCAGCACCUGGAGCUCAUCCAGAACCAACAGCUGGAGCUGCAGAACCGUUUGAUGGGCUCCGCCCUGGAUGUAGUCGCAGGCAGGGCCUCGGCUCUUGCCCAGCGCCCCCAGCCUGUGAGCGCUCCCCCUGUGAUGGUAAACACGCCCCAAACAAAACACAACCCCGGUGUGGACAAGUACACAUCUGACAAAGCCUUCAGAGCCUCAGGCAGCCAAUUGGAGGAUCAAAGAGGCAGAAGUCGGAGCCCUCUGGAGACUCCAGCCCCCCGCAAGGUGAUUCCCAAACCCGUCCGCUGGAACAGUGGAGUGCAGCCCCCAAAGCAUCACGCGCCCAAAGCAUCAAAGCAGUCACGUCCGGAGAAAGGAAAUGGCAGACUUCUGGAAGACAUCCUUAACAACCAGCGAUCUCCCGGGAGGAGCACACGGUCUGUUGGGGGAAAGCGGGUUGCUAUGGCAACAGCGGAGCACCAAACAGACAAAAACAGGGAAGACCAGUCUCGGCGUGAGGUCAACAGGACCUCCCCCGGCAGCUCUCCGGCAGAACUAGGGGAGUUCUCAGGAAGGAGGCCCCAGGACGUGCAGCCCGGGCUGGGCGGGACCGAUGAGCCAGGGCCCCCGUCUGGAGCAGAGGCUGCGGAGACCUCCGGCUCCGCUGUGAGGCAGGCCAACGAAAUGCUGCAGGACCUGGGCCGACUCAAGAGCGAGAUGCAGACCCUGCUGCAGGCGCGUGAUGCGUUUCCUGUGGAGCGCAGCAGGAGCACCCUCCACUCGGCGCCAGCGCCCGCUCCGGCUCCAGCCGCCGCCCCUCCCCCGCCCGCCGCCGCCGUCUCCAUGCGGCCUCAGGGGGCUUCGGCUGUGUUCAUGCCCACAGCGGUGCCUCUCAGUCGGCCCAGCCUGCUGCAGAAGCACCCGGCCCCACCCUCCAUGUUCGAGGACGCCGGCCGGGUGCUGAGGGAGGUGCGGCGCAGCCGGAAGGUUCUGGAGGACAACCUGGAGGCCCUCCUGCGGGCACGAGACGCCGACGCUCUGCACUGGCAGCUGGAGGCGCUGGCCAACAACAGAGAUGCCAGUGAGGAGCUGCGUGUCAGGAGGACAGUGGACGCCUGGAUCAACACCUUGAAUAAAGAGAUUCAGGACGAGCUGGUGCGGGAGGAAGUUGAAAGGGAGCGCAGCAGAGAGGCCGCCCAGCAGGCGAGCGGGGAAGGCAAGGCGGUCGCAGCGGGUCCCUCCGACCCCCGGCCAAGGGCCCCGAGAGGCCCCCAGGCGGCAGCCAGCAAGAGACCCCUCCACAGAAGCACCAGGGGCCAGGAGAACAGGCAGCCGCCAAACAAGCAGGCGCUCGCAAGCUCCUCCGCACACACCACCCAGCAGCAGCAGCAGCAACCGCAGCCACAGCAAAAGCCACAUACGAUUACGGAGGUGGAUGUGAGACUGGACAGAAGGGACGAUGAGGAGUUCCUGUCCAGGAUCUACGGCAAGGCGCUGUACGAGGGCCACCGGCGGACCCUGAAGAAAGGGCCGUACCUGCGCUUCAGCUCGCCGUCGCCACCGUCCAAAGCCCAGCGGCCCAAAGUCAUCGAGAGUGUCAGAGGUGUGAAGAUGAAGUCCUCGAAGACCCAGACGAGUCUGGAGCCUGUCCCAGCCCCAGUGCCGUCUGAGCCCCGGUUCCUCUUCACCCCCACUGGGCCUGCGGACCAGCAGGACCCAGCCUCCCCCAUGCAGGGCUACCUCAUCCCCAUGGCCAUCCCCCUGGGCGAACCCAGGGUGGACCCGCGCGGCCCCCGGCCCUCCCGCGUCGUCAUUAGCGACAGGCCCGUCACCGUGACGACCUCGUACACUCCCGCCCCCGCGCCCGCGGCCCCGGCGCCCCGCAAACCCAACGUGGUGCUGCUGGAGGUGCGGUCGGAGCAGGCCAGGCGGCCGCCCCCUCAGCUCCAGGUGCAGGUCCAGCCCAGCGUCAACAUCGACAGCGCCUCCCUCUCCAGCCUCAGCUCGGCUGCCUCGCCCUCUCCCCUCCCGCCUCCGUCCUCCUCCCCACCGCCGCCGCCUCAUCUCCGGCCUCUACCUCCGGCCUCGCAGGCGGCGGAGGGAAAACAGCCGAUCCGAGUGGAGGAGGAGGAGGAGGAGGCGGAGGAGGAGGAGGAGGACGUGUUUCCAGGGACGAAUUUCCUGGCGGUGGCCGACAUCGCUCAGGAGCCUGAAGAGGAUGCUGUCCUUCCAGAUGCCCCCAUUGAGCUGAAUGGCCAGGCGACUUCUGCAGCUCCUCUGUACCACGGACCCGCCUUCCCCCCCGUCCCUCCUCAGCCGGUCCCCCUCACCGAGCCCAUCCUCGCCACCAUACACCAGCGGGAGAGCGUGGAGAACCGCCUGGUCCACUGGGUUGAGCAACAGGUGAUGGCCCGCGUCAUUACUGAGAUGUUUGCCCGGCGAUCCCAAGGUGACCCAACCGACCACCCAGAGCCUGCGGAGAGUGAGGCCUCAGAACCAGGGGUCGUGGCCAGCACGCUGGGCCUUCAGCUCUUCCUGGACGAUGGCAGGCCAGUGGAGCCGGCGGUGCUCCGGCACUACGUGGAGGAGACGCUGGCCGAGGUCGUGUCCAGCAUGCUGGGGGAGAGGGAGAGACAGACACACACCCCAGAGCCCGCAGCUCCCAGUGCCCAGCAACAGCCAACGGCACCAGAGGAGGCUGUGGUGCCCACCCCAGUGCCCACCCCAGAGCCCAGCGUGAGGCGGAGCCCCCCGUGCCGCAGCCACACCCAGUCCCCCCUGGACACACCCCAGGCCUCGGAGCACGGCUCCCCCGAGCACACACCCAGGGAGGCUGAACCCCAGCUCCCCGCUCCAGAAGCAGAAGAGCCUCCGGUUGCCACGCCCACCACCACCCCGGUCCCGUCGCCGCCCCGAGUGUCCACGCCGUCUCCGCCCCCGGCCGCCCCCGAGCUGGCCAGCCUGCGCAACCACCCCUGGGGAGACGCCGAGCUCCCGCUCCAGGAGGAGCAGCCUCACAGCGAGAAGGAGGAGCCAGCGCUGCUGACCCCAGUUGUCAUGUCCGUGGCUAGAGAGGAGGAGCCCGUCCUCCCAUCUCCUCCUCCUGCCAAACCCCAGACUCCAGUGCCACCACCUGCUGCUGCCACCGUGGUGAGGGAGCCCUCUCCUCCUCCUCCUCCUCCUGCUCCUGCUCCUGCUCCUGCUACUCCUCCCUCUCCCUCCUCCACGGAGGAGAGCAGCUCCGGCGGCUCGCUGACGGAGACGGAGGCCGUGGCCAGACACAUCUCCGAGGGGGAGCUGCUGCUCAGUUACAGCCACAUAGCAGCAGCCAGAGCUCUGGAGGUGGAGGGCCUGAUCUUGCCCAACCUGAACGCCAGUCUGUCCAGCUCUCUGCUGGGUGUGCAGGACAUGGACUAUGACCCACCUAGUGAAGGUCAGGUGGUUCUGAGGCCACACCCACGGUCUCAGCACGACCCAAUCCUGGCUCUCUUGGCUCGUAUGGACCGGGGCCCAGUCACACAGCAGCCUGCGGAGAGGUCCUGGGAGGAGGGCAGCAGUGCGGGUGAGGUGAGUGAAGGCCAGAGACCCCUACUUCCAGCCGAGGGAGAGAGCGUGAUGAGCACACACCCACUCCUGGAGCCCUCUCACACGCACAGAGGAACACUCACGUCACCUGGACAGCUCACGGAAGCAGCAGGUGAGGCCGGGUUGCUGUCGGCCGACGGCGGUGGGUUUGGGGCCAGUCAGAGCGGGCCGCACACACAGACCUCCAGGCCCAGGCCCGCCACCGCGCCCCCUCCACCCAGCGGAGCUGGAGCUGCCCGGGCGCCAACUCCACCAGCGGGCCUCCCACCCUGCUUAGAGGAGGCGCCGGAUCCUUUUGUGGAGCCGUCCCACAGACCCGCUCCUAUCCUGGUGAGGCAGUAUGAGCAGCGGGCCCCGCGAGACUCCCACAGGCCAGACCCCUACCACCAGAACGGCCACCAGGACUUGGAUGACUUCUUCGAGGACAGAGUUAAUGGAGCGCAAGCCAGUCAGCAGGAGGCGGGAGCUGUCAAGGUGAUGUCCGUCCGCCUCCCCUCUGUCCCUCUGGAGGACAACUCCGCCAGCAUCAGCACCGUGGAGGGCGACACCGACUCCUCCGCCAACGACAUCUUUUAACACGGGACCCACACACACACACACACACUGUAUGACCUCUCUGCUGCCCAACAUGGGCCCCUCUCUGCUGCCCAACAUGGGCUCCUCCGUCGGGGGCCCCUUGGCCGCACAGCCAGCGUCGGUUCCGCAGAGGAACACCCAGAACUUGUCCACUAAUCAUGCAUCUUCACUCAGGCUCGUUCUCCGCGCAGGCCUCAGACUUGUCUACCAGUCAGGGGCCAGUGAGAGAGAAAUCAAAUAGCGAAAAUCAAUUAUUUUUUGUGAGCCUUCGUUUUUUAAAUUCUCGUCUCGUCUCGUCUGUGGGUGAAAUAAUUUAUUUUUUUAUUGACUAAUUUAUGUUUUAUCUUCGCCGCUAUGCCUCAAGAGCACGGGUCCAAUGAGACCCGUGUUUCUAAAAUCUGUCUGGUGCCAGAGAGGGUGAGUGUUUGUUUUGAGUGCUUUUUGAGAGAUUAAAAAAAGAGAAAUGUUUUAUACUAA